UGAUGGGCCGGGGAGGGCCGCCGCUUCCGGCGCCAGGGCCGGCGUUCGUCUCGUCUGCGCUAUGGCUGCGUUUUGCCGGCAGGUCCUUGAUUGCUGCCGCCUGUUCCCUCUAACCUGGGCCCGUAUGGCCAGAGAGACUCCUUGUCUUGGAGAACGGAAAACAACAACUGCUUCUUUGUUGCGUAAACUGACUACAGCCUCCAGCGGAGGGGACCUUGAGGAGUUACCCUGUGCUGGAUCCAAUAAGUAUGUGAAGGAGCCGGAGCGCAGGACGAAUCUUGCUCAGUGCGUCCUUGAGAAGCAGAGGUCUCCUGUGGAUCAAGGGUCCUUGGAGCUAGAGAAGGUCACCAGUUCCCUCCUGGACAUGGGUUUCAGUGAUGCCCAUGUUAAUGAAUUGCUCAGUAUACGCCCAGGUGCCAACCCUCAGCAGUUGCUGGACAUCAUUUCAGAAUUUAUGCUCUUGGGUCUGAAUCCAGAGCCUGUGUAUGCAGCCUUGAAGAAAAGUCCCCAGUUAUUGAAACUGUCUAUAAUGCAAAUGAAGAAGCGCUCUAUAUACCUGCGAAAGCUUGGACUUGAAGAAGGGAAACUAAAGAGGGUGCUUCACUGUUGCCCUGAAGUUUUCACCAUGCAUCAACGGGACAUUGAUGACAUUGUCCAGGUCCUCAAGGAGAAGUGCCUCUUCACAGUACAGCAGGUGACCAGCAUUUUGCACAGAUGCCCAUUUGUGCUUCGAGAAGAGCCCAGGGCACUGGAGUACAAGUUCCAGCCGUGUGAGAAGAUGCUGUGCUGCGAGGCUGCCCCCUCUCCCCUCUGCAGCGCCGGGAAGACGGCGUGUGGGCUCGUCCAAGGCGUGGUUUGUGAUGGGGAACCCCGUGUCCACUGUGACCCUCCCAGCGAGAGACGGUCUUCAGGACCUUUUGUGUGGUGUGGUCGGGGCCCCGCCCGUUUCCCCCAGGAGGACGCCGUUCCCAGCGUCUGGGAGGCCCCUUCCAUCCCUCCCCGGCCUGCCACACCUCAGCCCAUCCCUCCGGGGCCAGGUGGUCUUCCGGCCGCUCUGGGUGCCCACCUUCCCCCUCCCCCCACUGCAGCUGGGCAGAGGGCUCUUGGCCCCAUUUCCCUCGAGAGAGUGGCAUUUGUCCCCACCCCAGAGAGCCUCAUUUCCACUUGAAGAUGUGUUUGUCGGUGGCUGGGCCACAUUUAUGUCCGCUCCCCGCUGGGGGUUCUGAGACCUUCCUGUUUGGGACGGCAGCGCCCACCCAGCUUUCUUUGGCGGAGCUCGCGGAGAUGACAGCAGCAGCGUCAGUCCAGGCUCGGCAGGGCCACCCCUCCCAGCGGCUCUGCGGGGGCAGUCGGGGAGCGGUGGGGGGACGUACCUUAAGAUUUCUCCAGUGUUUGACUCUUACUUUGUUUCCUGAAACAGUGAGAGGACAGUGGUUUAAUGAAAAGGGGACUUGUGAGCCUUGGCUGCUGCAUGAUGCUUGAAUCUGGCUGAAGUCUGGCUUUGGCUCGCGUGCACUCCCGUGUGGGGGACGCCGUCCCUGCAGACCCCGGCACGGACAUGAGCCUUCAGUCCGUGUGCACACACCUGGCUCGCGGUAGCUGUGGGGGGUGUGAGCCAUGGCGGGAGAGGGCGUGAGCAAGGGGCAGGAGCUCCCGCGGGGCAGGCAGGGGCGUGCUCAGGCCCAGCCGUGACGCACAAGCAGCACGUGUGGUCGUCACAGUCUGCGAAGACUGUGACUGAGGUUUGGACUCUGGUUCUGGAAGGAUUUGAUGUUCUUAGACACAGCGUUUAGUGGAAGCCUAAUAGUCAUAAUUGUCGUGAUGACUUUGAACCCUUUGGGGAAAGAGCUUGGGUGUGAGUGAAUAAAAACUAAACAGAGAUUUA